GUCCCGAUCGGUAAACACGUGUAAAGACGCGACGACAGCCUGGGCAAAAUAAACGGCGUAAAUCGGAAAAAAGGCGAACGUGCUUAAGUCCAUAGCUGCUACCACUACAAACGGGCAGCAACCAGUGGAAAAUCGUGCAAGUAGUGCCAUGUAUUGGUGAAAAGUUUCGCACGGGAACCGACCUGAAGCCUAAUUCUCGUGACACUGUUGCAUUGACAUGAAACGGUGGGUUGCCGAAAAUUAAUUCCACGAUCGAGUUGUGUUGGUGAAUGCAGUAUUUUUGUGAUCACACCACAGAUAGCGAGAAUCAACAAGUGGGUAAUUACCGGUGUCAGUUGAACACAAACAGAGAGAAGGAGAGCAAAACUGUUUCGCGAUAGCCAUGUACGGACGAUCUAGCAUAAAUUCCAUCGGUGGUAGAUCAUCAUCCACCAGCGAUGGGGACGGGGUUGGGGCCAGUGAUCGUACCCAAGACAGCAAUGGUGGUGGCGGUGGCAGUAGCAGAGCCCAAAGCCUCAUCAGCAGUAUUGGUGCGGGCGAUUGUUCGUCAGUUGAAACUGGACCGCGUUCAAGUCGAGACGUUCGUCGAAGUAUCUCUAGUAAUUGUUCCUCGAGUGACAGCAACCGUAUCUACAGCCACUGCAGUGCUGGUCACCACCAGAGUCCUUGUGCGGUUGGUCCCGAGUACGAUCAGAACGUGUUGAAAGCUCGUGCCAGUGUCCUCAGCCAGUUGAGCAGUGUUUUCGGUCAGAAGCUCAACAGAAACGUUCCAACGCCACCGUUGGCACAGGGAACGCCCCAGUACUAUCAGGAGCUCACGGCCCAGCAGCACGCUCGGGAGUACGACGAUCCGGACGACGAGGAAGCCGAGAUGGAAGCGGAACGUGAACUGGCCGAGGAUGCCCAGUGGAAGCGGAUACAGCAGAACACAUUCACCCGGUGGGCAAACGAACACCUGAAGAUCAUCGAUCGGAACAUCGCCAAUCUGGAGACGGAUCUGGCCGAUGGACUGAAGCUGAUCGCCCUCAUCGAGGUGCUGUCCCAGAAGCGGAUGAGCAAACACAACAAACGGCCCACGUUCCGCAGCCAGAAGUUGGAGAACGUUUCCGUGGCGCUCAAAUUUCUCGAAAUCGAAGGCAUCAAGAUCGUCAAUAUCGAUUCCUCGGACAUCGUCGACUGCAAGCUGAAACUGAUCAUGGGUCUAAUCUGGACGCUGAUCCUGCACUAUUCCAUCUCGCUGCCGAUGUGGGAGGGUGACGAUCACGCGAAUGAAGCCAACGGAAACAACACCACACCGAAGCAGCGCCUGAUGAACUGGAUCCACCGGCUGGUCCCGGAUCUGCCGAUCAACAAUUUCACAAACGAUUGGACCAGUGGCAAAGCGAUCGGCGCUUUGGUGGAUGGUGUAGCCCCGGGUCUGUGUCCCGAUUGGCCGAUGUGGGAUCCCAAGGAUGCCGUCCAGAAUGCAUCCGAAGCGAUGGGACUGGCCGACGAUUGGCUCAAUGUGCGGCAGCUGAUCCGUCCAGAGGAGAUGGUCAAUCCCAACAUCGACGAGCAAUCCAUGAUGACCUACUUGUCGCAGUACCCGAACGCUAAGCUGAAGCAGGGUGCACCACUGCGUCCCAAGACCAAUCCAAACAGUAUUCCACCGCCGCGAGUUCGUGCAUAUGGUCCAGGAAUCGAACCGACCGGACCGGUGGCUGGCGCUCCCGCCAAUUUCACCGUGGAAACAUUUUCAGCAGGAAAAGGUACCGUUGACGUUGCCGUCAUCAACCCGAAUGGAAACUCGGAGAAGGUGGAUUGUCGCUUCAACAAUGACAAAAAUCUCACUUACUCGGUAUCGUACGUGCCAAAAACCGAGGGACCCCACAAGGUGUACGUCAAAUUCUGCGGUCGCGACAUACCGAAAAGUCCGUACGAGGUACAAGUCGACAGGCAGGCGGGUGAUCCGUCCAAAGUUACCGCUAGCGGACUCGGCAUCCAACCGGAUGGAGUUUCCGUUAACAAACCGACUUACUUCGAUAUCGCAACUAAAGAUGCGGGGAAGGGAGUGCCCGAAGUCAUCAUUUUGGAUCCCGCCAAUCACAAGACUACGGUGGCUGCAAAGCUUCGUCAACUGACCGCGAACCAGUACCGCUGCGAAUAUACUGCCAACAUGAUUGGAUUGCACUCCGUUAACGUGUUCUACAACGGGCAACAAAUCAAAAACAGUCCCUUUGGGGUUCGAGUAGCCCCUACUUGUGACCCGAAAAAGGUGCGCGCCAGUGGUCGUGGUCUACAACCAGUUGGAGUUCGCGUAAACGACGAUGACGUCAGUUUCAAAAUUUUCACCGAAGGUGCUGGUGACGGAACUCCGGAAGUCAAAGUAUUCGGCCCGGGUGGUGUUAUCCCCGAGUUCAACAUCCGUAAGCUGGACGGCACAACUUAUGAAGCUCAAUACAUUCCAUUGAAAGAGGGUCGCUACAAAAUUUUGAUACUGUAUGGUGGCGUGGAAAUCCCUAAGUCACCAUUUGAAAUUACCGUAGGACCCCAGAAGCACACCUCGAUAGUCGCGUACGGACCGGGACUCAAGUCCGGGAUGGUUGACAACCCGGCUAGUUUCGUAGUGGAAACAAACGGUGAAACCGGUAAUCUAGGCUUCAGCAUAGCUGGACCCUCUCAGGCAGAGAUCGAAUGCCACGACAACGGGGACGGCUCGGCUCUAGUCAAGUAUCAUCCGACCGCUCCGGGAGAGUACGCCGUACACAUUUUGUGCGAUAACGAAGACAUACCGAAGAGUCCAUACAUAGCGCAAAUCUUACCCAAAGUGGAUGAUUUCCACCCGGAACUUGUGAAGGUUUCCGGCCCGGGAAUUGAAAAGAAUGGCAGCGUUAUUACGAACAAACCAACUGAGUUUUCGGUAGACGCAAGCAGAGCUGGAGAUGCUCCACUCGAAGUGAAAAUCAACGACGUUUUUGCAAACACCAUCCAGCAUAAGUUAAUGAAAAAAGAAAACGGUACUCAAAAGAUAGUUUAUAUGGCACCGACACCUGAUCCGGUAACGGUUGAGGUUAACUACGGUGGAGUGGCGAUUCCUGGGUCACCAUUCCGCGUGAACGUAUCUACUCCUCUCGAUCCGACCAAAGUGGAGUUCUUCGGUCCGUGGUUGGAGAGCGGAAAUAGACCGAACGCAGCCACUCACUUCAAUGUGGAUGCUAGAAACGCCGGCAAUGGCCUCCUGGAGAUCAAUCUGAUACACGAUGAAACCAAGCAGAAAAUCCCUGUUCGAAUCAUUGAUAACGAUGACAAUACGUACGCUGUCGAGGUGAUUCCUCCGCUGGCCGGAACGUAUACCACGAACCUGGUGUACGGUGGUCUGAAAGUCCCGAUUGCUCCAAAAGUCACCGUCAGUCCAGCGGUUGAUGUUUCUAAAAUCAAAGUCGACGGUUUAGAACCAACGGCCCCCCUAAACAGUUUACAGCAGUUCCGUGUGAUCACGAACGGUAUCGGUAAGGCCGAUCUAGCCGUCACGAUCACUAGUCCCUCGGGGAAUCGCAUCAAAGCUCAUGUAAUCCCUACGGCGGAAGGUUUCCUAGUCAACUUCACUCCCACCCAGCUGGGAGAGUACCUACUCAGUGUAAGUUUCGGUGGGACUCCGAUAACUCCCCAACCCUUCCGGUUGCAGUGUCUGGUGGGUUCUGAUUGUCGCAAGGUUCAGGCCAGCGGUCCUGGUCUGAUCAAAGGUAUCAUGAAUCGUCCAGCAGAAUUCAUGAUCGACACACGCGGGGCUGGUCAGGGUGGACUUGGAGUUACCGUGGAAGGUCCCUGUGAGGCGGCUAUCAACUGCAGGGACAACGGCGAUGGAACUUGCAACGUAGCUUACCUUCCCACAGAAAUCGGCGACUACACGAUCAACAUAACCUUCAACGAUGAUCACAUCGCUGGUUCGCCCUUUCAGGCGAUCAUCUUCCCGGAACCGAAUCUGAGUCGUAUUCGAGUAUCCGGAAUGGGAAUUCAACCGCACGGUGUCAUCAUGAACGCACCAACUGACUUCAUGGUCGAUAUGAGCAAGGUCGGAGACGAUGUGGACAAGAGCAAGCUGUCGUGCAAUAUAUUCGAUCCUCGAGGUAACGAGAUUCCUAGCAAGCUUGUUCCAAGCGACAACAGCGACAUCUUUCGCAUUAUGUACACUCCAUUCGAAGCUGGGCGCCACACAAUCGAACUGUUGUACGAUAAUGUGCCGGUCCCUGGAUCUCCGUUCGUGGUAAACGUAAAAUCUGGAUGCGACCCGACGCGUUGUCGUGCUUUCGGUCCAGGACUUGAACAAGCACUUACCGAUCAACCAGCAACCUUUACCGUAGAAACACGUGGUGCUGGAGCUGGUGGUUUAUCACUGGCUAUCGAAGGUCCUUCUGAAGCAAAAAUGAGCUGUACCGAUAAUCGAGACGGUUCCUGCGAUGUGGAGUAUAUUCCAACUGAGCCGGGCGAGUACGACAUAACGAUUCGCUUUGCGGAAAAACACAUCCCUGGUUCACCAUUCAAAAUCGUGGUCACCGAAGCAACUCGACCGGAGAAAGUGAAAGUUUACGGACCAGGUAUUGAGCACGGACAGGUAUACGAUGGUAUUCCUGCUGAGUUCUACAUCGAUUGCGGUCAAGCCGGACCGGGAAAGAUUGCCGUUAAGCUGACCUCUUCCGACGGAAAGCCGAUCAGUGUUCACGUUGAGGACAAGGGUGAUGGUGUCUAUGGCGUAUCGUACAGUCCACCGAAGGAAGGUUCUGUUCUCACGGCAAACGUACGAUUCGCCGAUCAGGAAGUUAGUGCCAGCCCGUUUGUUAUGACUGUUGCUCCAGCACCGAUCGAUAGUGCUCCGGGUAAAGUAUACGGCGAGGCGACCACUAAGAAAAAUCUACCGGCUUCGCUGCCGGCAAAGUUCCAGAUCGAUGCACCGAAAAAGGGUUCCAACGAUGCGCCCGGAAAAGAGGACAUCAACGUUAGCAUCAAGGGUCCCGACGGUAAACCGCUCGUACCCAAGAUGGAACAGGUCGAGGAUGGGACGUACGCUGUAACCUUCGUACCGGACGAAUGCGGACCGUACAAUGUCAGUAUUAAGUGCGGCGGAAAGGAUGUACUUGGUUCGCCGUUCCUACUGCAGGCCAUACCUACCGGGGAGGCGGAAAAAGUAAAACUGCUGGAAGCUAUCCCGACCAACCAGGAGUACGGCAAAAAGAAUCAUGUGGCACUGGACGCACGCGAGGCUGGAAUCGGUGCAGUUACGUGCAAGAUCGUUUCGCACUCGGAGGCUAGUGACGUCGACCUGGAGGUGAUCGAAAAGGACGGUUUCUUCGACAUCUUCUACACGCUAAAGGACCCAGGCGACUACGAUCUGGACAUUAAGUUCGGUGGUCAGAACAUCCCGAAUGGAGUUUUCACAAUCAAGGCCGUUGAAAGCGUUGAAGAACAGGUCACCAGCAGUACCAGUAGUACGACCAAGACUUCAUCGGCUACCGUUUCGGAGAACCAGCAGAUCUACCAACACCAGGAGUCCUACGUCGAACAGGUAUCCUCCGUGUCCAAAUCCAAACAAUUCCACCAACAGAAAGCCUGCGAGGAGUUCCUGAUUCGGGAACGACUAGUUAACGGCAAGUACGAAAACGGCCUCAGCAACGGGAACCACGUAAACAGUGUACACUCGGACGCCGUCAGCAGUCACGUAGCUAAGAGUACCAGUAGCAAUAGUAGCGUAACUAGUACCUCAGCUACUGCAGCGGCUAGCACAACUUCCAAUUCCAUCAAUACCACUAGCUCAGCCAACUUCCGAGACUUUCGGCUCGAUCGAUUGAAUCUACCGCAGACAGGAGGUGUGGUGACCGCCGACAUCAAGAUGCCAAGCGGAGAGGUAGACAAACCGGUGAUCGAAGAUAAUCACGACGGAACUGUUUCAAUCAAGUACGACCCGAAGGAGGAAGGUGUUCACGAACUCGCGGUCAAGUACAAUGGCGAACACGUUCAGGGAUCUCCGUUCAAGUUCCACGUCGACUCGAUUGCCAGCGGCUACGUGACAGCCUACGGGCCUGGUCUGACGCAUGGAGUGACCGGCGAACCAGCUCUGUUUACGAUUUCUACCAAGGGUGCAGGCGCGGGAGGACUGCAGAUGGCCGUUGAAGGUCCCAGCAAGGCUGAUAUAACUUACCAUGACAAUAAAGACGGUACCGUUUCCGUUUCCUAUCUACCGACGGCUCCAGGCGAAUACAAGAUCACCGUCCGCUUCGGCGAUAAGCACAUCAAGGGUUCGCCGUACUUCGCGAAGAUUACCGGAGAGGGUCGAAAGCGUAACCAGAUAUCCGUUGGUUCCUGUUCGGAAGUCACUCUCCCGGGGGUUAUCUCCGAUCAUGACUUGCGCUCAUUGAACGCCUCGAUUCAAGCUCCGUCUGGUCUGGAAGAACCGUGUUUCCUUAAGCGCAUGCCAACCGGCAACAUCGGUAUCUCGUUCACCCCCCGUGAAAUCGGCGAACACACGGUAUCCGUGAAACGUAUUGGCAAGCACAUCGCCAAGUCGCCCUUCAAGGUGAAAGUGUGUGAACGUGAGGUGGGUGAUGCUAAGAAGGUCAUCGUUACUGGAAAUUCCUUGAAGGAAGGCAAGACGCACUCGGAAAACGUAUUCUCCGUAGACACCCGAAAUGCAGGUUAUGGAGGUCUGUCCCUCUCCAUCGAAGGACCCAGCAAAGCGGAAAUCCAAUGUACCGACAAGGAAGACGGAACGCUCAACAUCUCCUACAAACCCACGGAACCGGGCUACUACAUCGUAAAUCUGAAGUUUGCCGAUCAUCAUGUCAACGGAUCACCUUUCACCGUUAAAGUUUCCGGUGAAGGUACCAACCGACAACGUGAGAAGAUCCAACGUCAACGGGAAGCCGUCCCGGUUACCGAAGUCGGAAGUCAGUGUAAGCUCACCUUUAAGAUGCCCGGAAUCACCUCGUUUGAUCUGUCCUCCACGGUAACCUCACCCGGUGGAGUUACCGAAGAUGCCGAAAUUCAAGAGAUCGAAGACGGACUCUACGCGGUUCACUUCAUCCCCAAGGAGCUGGGAGUGCAUACCGUUUCCGUGAAAUACAAGCAGAUCCAUAUUCCUGGAUCUCCAUUCCAGUUCACUGUGGGUCCACUGAAGGAUACCGGUUCCCAUCUGGUUAAGGCCGGUGGUCCGGGAUUGGAACACGGAGAGCAGGGUGUGCCAUGUGAGUUCAACGUGUGGACACGCGAAGCUGGUGGUGGUACUCUGGCCAUCUCCGUAGAAGGUCCCAGCAAGGCCGACAUCGAGUUCAAGGACCGCAAGGACGGAUCGUGCGAUGUGUCCUAUGUGGUCAGUGAACCAGGUGACUACCGUAUUGGCCUCAAGUUCAACGACCGCCAUAUUCCGGACUCGCCUUUCAAGGUUUACGUCUCGCCGGCAAUGGGUGAAGCCCACAAGUUGGAAAUUGCCCAAUUCCCAACUUGUCCGGUGCAAGCCGAUAAACCAGCACAGUUCAUCGUUCGAAAGAAUGGCGCCAAGGGUGACCUAGACGCCAAGGUCGUAGCCCCAUCGAAUAACGAGGACGAUUGCUUCAUUCAACUUAUCGAUCAGGACCAAUACUCGGUACGUUUCUAUCCACGGGAGAACGGCAUUCAUGCUAUCCAUGUCAAGUUCAAUGGUGUGCACAUCCCCGGAUCACCGUACCGCAUCAAGGUGGGUAAGGAUGACGUUGACCCGGCAGCGGUCCAUGCAUCGGGUAAAGGUCUUGGCGACGUGAAAACCGGCGAAAAAACUGACCUGAUUAUCGACACCUGCAAUGCUGGCGCUGGAACACUUGCUGUCACCCUGGACGGUCCCUCCAAGGUUGCGAUGGACUGCACGGAAGUAGAGGAAGGCUAUAAGGUUCGGUACACGCCACUGCUGCCCGGUCACUACUACAUGACCAUCAAGUACAACCAGAUGCACAUCGUCGGAUCGCCAUUCAAGAUCAUCUGCACAGGGGUUACAGGUGAUAAACUCGCGGAGGAAGGUGGCCAGGAAACGUCCUCGGUAACGGUCGAAACGGUCGCCAAGGUUUCGAAAGCCGGCAGCCGGGCAGGUGUCAUUCUGCCAAUCUUCAAAUCCGACGCUAGUAAAAUACAAUCCAAAGGCAUGGGUCUCAAGAAGGCAUACCUAGGCAAACAGAACCAGUUUACGCUGAACGCUGGAGAUGCCGGUAACAACAUCCUAUUCGUUGGCAUUUACGGACCAAAAGGACCCUGCGACGAGGUAUUCAUCAAACAUACUGGCCGCAAUCAAUACAACGUGAACUACCUGGUGCGCGAACGUGGCGAGUAUAUCCUGAUCGUGAAAUGGGGCGAUGAUCACAUCCCCGGUUCGCCGUUCAAGGUCGAAGUGUAAACCAGUCUUAGUUACUGCCCCCCAUUGCCAUCGUCGUCGUCGUCAACCUACGUCCAUCCCUUCCCUUCCAAUCGCCCCUAGGAAGUAUAGUUUGUUUGUGUGUGUGUGCGUGCGUUCGUUAGUGCCUUCUCAUCCCGAACUCUUUCAGCAAAAAUAACGAAAAUGACCUUUCCUACGACAGCCACAAAAACCGCCAACCAUGAGUUAGUUCAAACUAGAGUCAUUUUAUUUUGUCACAUAGAACCAGAAACCCAUUUUGCAUGAAAGACAUGAAGAAAGAAAAAUUGAAAAACUAGCAAAGCGUUUUGCAGACAGUCAGUUCAAUCGAAGAUAGGAGCAACAAAAGCUCAAACAGGCGGGACCUACCAAGCAGCAAGAGAAAGAAAGAGACAGAGAGACCAACCGACUCACACACUCAAAUAGUAAAAAAAGAAAAAUUUCCCCUACUUUUGAACAUAGAGAGAUAUGGAAAUUUUAAGGCCGCAAUCCACGAGACAAAGACAAACUAAUAAGUAACUAAGAAGCGUCACCGAGAAUUUUCGACCAGAGUAAUUGACCGUUCAGCCGCAGCCAGCUAGAGACAGGAGCCAUUAUAUUGGAGUUUAUUUUUGAAAACAAAGGAAAAAAGGAAGAAGCAAAUAUCAACCAAUAUACCUACCUACCUUACAAUCUCGAAACAACAAAACAGCAAACAUUGCACAACUGCGAGAAAAAUCAUUAAUGUUAUCCUAGUUAUUAUUACUAUCAAUUACGAUGAAGUUCGAUUAAGUUUAUUUUUUUAAGUUUUAUUUUGCUCUUAUGUCCUAUUUUUACGUGCGCGAAAUAUCAUCUCUGUUUUGCCUUCUGAUGUUUUGUUUCUGUCUCGUAACAUUAGAGUUAUUUUAUGUUUCUAGUUCUUUCUAAGUUCUUUUUUUUAUGUUGAACAUUUUAUGGAGAAGAUGAUAUCAUUAUUUAUUAUUUUCUUUGAGAAGGAAAUUUUUAAAAUUCUAAAGAAGAAAACAAGUAAAAACGUUAAUAAUGA